AUGGCACAAAGAGCACACGACCUCGCCCUGGGCUUUGUAAACAGCGUUCGCCAUGACCCGAGAAAGCAAUAUUCAGCGAUCGCCGUCGCGGCCCUGGCUUCGUUGAUGCUUGGCCGAAUCGCGUGGAAAGACUACAGACUGUUCCUCAGCUACGGCCCAGGGGGUCUCCCGUCAAACGUGUUUGGAUGGACAGCCACCAACAUAUUGCGGUUGAUGGGGAUCGACAUGACGGACGUGAGCAAGGCCGAGGAGGACGCCGAUCAAAGAUCGUGGCUGGGGGAGGAAUGGGAGCCCACGAAGGCGCAGAAGUCAAGGGACGGUUCGAGGCCAUCUGUCGGUCCACAUCCGAUCCCACAGAGACAACUUGACCAACACGGUCCCAAGGAAGUUCAACAGAAAUUCUUGUCCGACUUCGUUUCCCUGGUCAAACAGAACCCGGACUUGGUCCAGUUCAAACUCUCCCAGUACGAACGGCACACCGACGCCAUGUGGGUGGCGGACUCCUGUCCGGUCUACGCCCUGGGGAGUGGCCACACGCGAGAAGUCUCCCACGUCCACACGAACACGGACUACUCGGCCCACGUGGUACUGUCGCCCAAGGACGCGGCCAAGGUGAUCCGGGCCGGUUGGGGCCAGCUCCACGCCCUCUCGGGCGUGUCGUUCUUGGGCAAGAAAGUCGUCCCGGCGAAUUACGUCUUGCUCUAUUCCGCCAGGAGUGACGACGAGGUGGACACGUUGAUCGAAAUCAUCAAGGCCGGGAUCGGGUUCAUGACGGACGCGAGUGUCGUGAGGUCCUGA